AUGUUCUUAUCUUCUACAUUGGGCUCCGUUGGUCUCCUGUUCUUAACCAGCGGCGCGACGACAACCUGGGCAGACUAUGCGUCCGGACACGAUGUACCAACCGCAACUAUUGACGCGGGUGUCAUAGUUGGAAAGUCUACCUCACUUCCCCAUGCACUUGGACCAGUGCAUCAGUUUCUAGGUGUGCCCUUUGCAUCACCACCCAAGAGAUUCUCUCCACCGCGAGCUGCAGAACCCUUCCAAGGGCCAGUCAAUACCACCGAGUUCAAACCAGCAUGUAUCCAACAAUUUCGAUACCCGUUGUCGAGUUCACAGUUCACGCAGGCCGUCUUCAAUAACCCGCCACCUGAAGAGUCGGAGGAUUGCUUAUACCUUAAUGUCUACGCACCAUCGACUCCCGCAGGCGGCAAUGGCAGGGCUGUAAUGUUCUGGAUCUACGGUGGCUCACUACAGUUCGGUAAUGCUGGCCAAGAACAAUAUGACGGAAGCAGUUUCGCAGCAUACGAAGAUGUCAUAGUUGUGACGACGAACUACAGAACGAACAGAACACAUGAGAGCAACUUGACUUGUGUAAGGGCGGCUGAUGCGACGACUGUGCAGACCAUCAUUAACCAAAACUCGCUCGUCUUCAACCCAGUUGCUGAUAAUACCACAUUGGUAUCAAACCCGGCGGCCCAACGCCUAAGCGGCGACAUCGCGCAUAUACCAGUACUCGGAGGUACAAACUCCCAAGAAGGCCGCGUCUUCUCAGUUGGCCAAACAAACGUUACUGCCUACUUGCAAGCGACCUUCGGCGCCGCACCAGCACUCAUUCCCGCAAUCGAAGCUGCAUACCCAAUCGGUAGCAACGGUUUGACCAACGACUACGACGUCAUCUCACAGAUUGUUACUGAGAUCACGUUUCAGUGUCCACAAGCACUAUGGGCCAAUGCGACAGCAUCUAUUGGUAUCCCCACCUGGCGUUACUACUUCAACGCCUCUUUCGCCAACACACAAGCUUAUCCCCAACUCGGUGCCUAUCACGCUUCUGAAAUCCCUCUCGUGUUCCGCACAUACCCCCUGGCUGAUACGACGACGCAAGAGUACGCCUUGGCACAGUUCAUGCAGAGUACAUGGGCCAAGUUUGCGAAGAACCCUUAUGCUGGACCUGGAUGGAACGCUGUCGGUACGGGUGCUGAGGGUAAUGUCUUGGUUGGUGCCUAUGACUUUGUGGCAGGUGGAGUAUAUCAGGACCAGAAUGCCACUGCCGUAGAAGGAGACUGGAACUUGGGUGUUCUCGGCGAUGUUGGAGGUGUGAGGGGAAGUGGUGUUACUGUGCUGCCGCAGUCUGAUCUUGAUUACAGAUGUAGUCUGUUCAGGCCUAUCUUUGAGGCUAAUAUGGGUUCGCAAGGUAUACCUCCAUCUUGA